AUGAAAAAAGCAAAACGUCCGCCUAAAAAGCUCAGUUUUCAGGAACUCGAAGCUAUGAACAAGGACGAUAUAGACCAUCAUCUCGAACCAAACUCGAAAGCAAAGUACGAGUCAGGGGCGAGACGAUUCGCCAAGUUUUGUGAAAACCAAGGCAAGGACUUCUACCCAAGCGAAACCAACCUUUGCCACUUCAUUUCGGUGGUAUCGCGAGAACUCUUGCCAUCAACGUCAGGAACUCGCAACGAGUCAGGAAACGCUCCGCGGCUGCAAGAAGCUCUUUACCCUCCCGGUCACUCAGGCAACCAUUUCACAAUGAGCGAUGUACGCACUUGCGCUGAAGUUAACGGGAUCCUGUAG